GGCCUGCUCUCAAGUACACCCCGGUGCCGCUUCCCCUUCCAGCCGGCCUCCGCCUCCUUUCUUCCGAUUUCCGCGCGCGUUUUUCCGGCGCCGGCCCGCGGACAGGACCAGGAUGCUCCCGAAGCGGCGCCGAGCGCGUGUCGGGUCCCCCGGCGGCCCUGCCUCCUCCACCCAACCCCGCUUCCCCGGCGUCGCCAUCUACCUGGCCGAGCCGCGCAUGGGCCGCAGCCGCCGGGCCUUCCUCACGCGCCUGGCGGUCUCCAAGGGCUUCAGGGUCCUGGACGCCUACAGCUCCGAGGUGACACAUGUGGUGAUGGAACAGACCUCAGCAGAGGAGGCCAGCUGCUGGCAGGAGCGCAGGACGGUGGCGGCCUCUCUCCGAGGAUGCACCCACCCAGAGCUGCUGGACAUAAGCUGGUUCACAGAAAGCAUGGCAGCUGGGCAGCCCGUGCCUGUGGAGCGCCGGCACCGCCUGGAGGUGGCUGUGCCCGGGAAAGGACUGCCCAGCCCAGUGAGGAUGCCACCCUAUGCCUGCCAGCGCCCCACACCCCUCACACAACACAACACCAGCCUCUCGGAGGCUCUGGAGGUGCUGGCGGAGGCUGCAGCCUUUAAGGGCAGCGAGGGCCGCUUCCUCUCCUUCCGCAGAGCCGCCGCGGUGCUCAAGGCCCUUCCGAGCCGGGUCACAGCCCUGAGCCAGCUGCAGGGGUUGCCGCACUUCGGAGAACACUCCUGCAGGGUCGUCCAGGAGCUGUUGGAACACGGGGUGUGUGAGGAGGUGGAGAGGGUCCGGCUGUCAGAGCGGUACCAGACCAUGAAGCUUUUCACCGGGAUCUUCGGGGUUGGGAUAAAGACUGCUGACCGGUGGUACCAGGAUGGGCUGCGGACCCUGGACAGCCUCCAAGGGCAGCCCCAGAGGUUGACCCAGCAGCAGAGAGCAGGACUGCAGCACUACCGCGACCUGAGCGCCCCGGUCCAGCGGCCAGAGGCGGAGACCCUGCAGCAGGUGGUGGCGGCCACUGCGGCGUGUGUCCUGCCUGGGGCCACCGUGACGCUGGCGGGCGGCUUCCGGAGGGCCUUGUCCUGUACCACCAGCACCACCUCGGCUGCCCUGAAGACGCCACCCACCGGACCCGACAGAGCCACACCAUGGAUGCCUUCGAGAGGAGUUUCUGCAUUUUCCGCCUGCCGCAACCCCCAGGCGCUGCGGUGGGGGGCGCCCAGAGCCCCGGCCCCACCGGGAGGGCCUUGCGGGUGGACCUGGUGGUUGUCCCCAUCAGCCAGCUCCCCUUCGCCCUGCUUGGCUGGACUGGCUCUAAGAAGAUGCGUUUCCAUGUGGCCUCCGAGGAAGACAUAUUCAGGCACCUGGGCCUCGAGUACCUUCCCCCAGAGCAGAGAAACGCCUGAGUCUGCCUGCCGGCCCCAGUGCACUCUGGCGAGCCGGCCGUGUGGGCUCCAGGGAGAGGAUGCACUGCAGGCCCAGUUCCUGGACCUUCCCGACCCCCCACCGGGAGCCCCACUAUGUGGGGCACAGCUCCCCACCCCCACUUCCAGUCCAGGAUCUAAUGAAAUGAGCACGUGUACCAAACCAAGCUCUGUGUCCUGAAUGCGUUGCUGUGCACCGCCCCUAUCAGCUAUGGGGUGAUGGUUGGGGGCGGGGGGCACCAUGGCGGUGUGCCACUGGGACAGCGAGGUUGCGCACGGCGCCAUCUCUGUGGUGGGGUGCUUGCAGAGCCCGAGGUAUCCCGAGGCUCUGAGCUGGGGGAUGAGGGCCUGGAGCUCUUCCCCACCGGGAGUCCUCCAUGGGGGCACUGAAGGGCGGCCAGCAUCUAGAGAGGGAUGGGGCAGAGAUAGGAGCUGGGGUGGGGAGGAACUUCUGGUGCUGGCCCCCACCUCCCAAGCAGGCGUCCCGUCUCUGCCUUUGCUCUUCCAAGCUCUCUUCUUAGAAGGCCUGUAACAGCAGGUCACAUGGUGUCCCGCCUUGCUCCCUGCGCUCCAGCGGUUCCCUACCCUGCUCAGUAAUUCCAGAGUUCUCACCAUGGCCCCCAGGGGCCUGGCAUUCCUGUGUCCCCGACCCCUGGCCUCCUCUGCACCCGCACUGCUCUGAUGGAGCUGUAGACGCCCGCAGGGCCAGUGGGGGUCUCAGCGUCUCACGGAGGGCACUGGCCGCGCGGUGUCAUCUGCUCCUCAGACCCUCAGGCCUGCUCCGGCUCCGGUGCUUUUGCCGCUGGACUGUCUGCCUGGAAUACCGUCCCGACUCACAGGUCUCAGGUGAGGACCCCCCCCAACCACUUCCUGCAAUAAAAAAUAUUCUUUAGAGUAACUUGUAGUAAUGUUGACCCUUUUUGGUAUAUGAUUUUAAGAAUUGUAACCUGUGUAGACCUGUCCACCUCCACCAGGCCAACCUUGAAAAUAAAACAGCCAGUUAUUGUAUCGGCAAACUGGGUUUAUUUGGGAGUGGCGGAGGAACUGUGGUCCAGGACAGGACCAGGAGGAGGAAGCUGGGAGGGGCUGCUCUGUGUGAGUCCGAUGGAGGAGGUCGGGGGCUUGGGGUGGUGCCCGCGCAGCAGGGCAGGCUUCUUCCCGAGCUGGUGUGCCGGCCAAGCCCCCCUUCGGCCUCCAGACUCUUCUAAGGGAGGUUGCCUUUGCUCCGUGUGCCCGCUCAGCGUCGGGACGCCCCCGUGCUGUCCCAUCGCGGUCAUGUGCUCUCCUGGUGUUUCCUUGUCCCUGUGGUUUUCCUUCUGCGAAAUGUCCUGUGAGUGCAGGCAGGCUCCGCGUAAGCUUCCGAGACUGGCUCCUCUGCGUGUGCCUCUGUGAGGCCUCCGGAGUUGACCCGUGCACCCGUCGAGAACGUUGUGUCCAGGCUCUGGUGAUCAUGAAGAGAACCGCCGUAGAUUGGACGUUCAGGUGUCCGUGUGAACAUAGGUUUUCCUUUCUCUCGGGCACACGGUGGGACACGGGGUUUCCAGGGCUUACGGGGUGAGUGUGUGCCCCUUUCUAAGACCGUGCUGGCUGUCCCACCCGGGCCAGCUCGGCGUCCCCGGAGCCCGGAGCUCUGUCCUUGCCCACACUUGCUGUCUCCCGCGGGCGCGCCCCCGCCGUCUACAGCGCCGAGCACUGUUUCACUGCUACACCAUCUGUGUCUCUGCUCUGCUGACGGGGCCAUGUUUUUAAAAAGUGAAUGCUUGGUUUUCUUACCGUUGGAUUUUGAAAGCUCUUCCUGUGGUCUGUGUGUGGGUCUGUUGCUCGUUUGUGACGUGUAGCUGUUCUGGGUGUGGAUUGUGUUUUCAUUUCUUACCGGGGGAUUUCUCAGAGCAGAUUUAACUCUUACGAAGUCUGGUUUACCAGUGUAUCAGUGUACCGUUUGUUUUUCUCUGUUUUCUUGUAGAGCGAGCAAUUUACAUUUAGAUGGUGGAGUCAUUUUGAGUUAAUUUUAAGUGUGAGGUUUAGGUUGAAGAUCUUGUAUCUGCAGUUAGAUGCCGGUGGUUCCAGCACCUGUGUGUCGACAAGACCAUCUUUUCCCUCCCGAAUUGCCCCGAACCUUCCUGAGACGUCCCUUGGCCAUUUUUGUGCGGGGCUGCUUCUGGGUUCUCCUCUGUUCCAUCUCUGUCUGUGCCCAUCGCUUCAAAAGUACCAUCCUAACUCGACUAACCUGAAUUGGAGAGGAAUGCCUAGUAUCCGCUGGUGUGAGUCCUCGAACUUUGUUCUUUCCAAAUUGUUCUGCCUGCUUUUCUUUAGACUUUCUGUAUAGAUUUUAGAAUCAGCUUGUCUAUGACGGAAUACUUUGGGAUUCGUGAACGCAGGAUGUCUCUGAACGUCUUUGAUUCCUUCCAUCAGUGUUUUAUGGCUUUUCAACUUAGACACCCACGCCUGCUCUGUUAGGUUUAUGCCUAAUUCUCUCUUUCCCUUGGAGCUGUUUCAGAUUGUUUCGGUUUCCAGUUGUUCCCCGCGAGCACUCAGAAACCCGUGCGUGGAUGCUUGUGCUGAUACCUGACAGAACUCACUGUGAGUCUGGAUUCCUGGCGGUUCUGUCUGUCCACAUAAACAGCCGUCCUGUCUGUGACCGGGAACAAUUUCAGGUCCCCUGUUAUUUGCUUGUGUGGCCUCCAGGAUUCCGCUGGGGGGCGCAGGCCUCUUUAUCCCGCACCCAGUUUUGGGUUCAGCAUUUCCCCAUGAAGAUGACAAUAGAGGUCCUGCUUCUGUAGGUGCCCUUUAUCAGAUGAAGGAAGUUCAGUUUUAUUCGUAGUUCUGAGUGUUUUUAUCAGGAAGCAGUGUUGGAUUUUGUCAAAUGCUUUUUUUUUCAUUGAGAUGAUCAUGAGUUAUUUUUGUCAAAAAACAAAACAUUCGGGGGGCGCCUGGGUGGC